CGGCCUAGGUGGGGCCCUGACUUGCUAACCAUAGUGAUUCAGUGCUGAGUGGGUAGCAUUUUCUUUUCGACGCUGGCGGCGAGAAAGUGGGAGCCAAGCCUGCCUACUUAUAUACCUAUAUCGACAACACCAACCAGGCCAGGAAACGCUCUCCAUUUUCUCCCAACGCCAGAAUACUAUACCUUCGUGUCCCUUCGUAUCUGUUGCAUCUCCUCUCUUCUCCCCUCCCAGCGCUCUCUAUCCACCCGCCUCGCCCGACAUGUCCGCGACUAACAGCUCCACGGCUACGAACGGCGCCAACGGCUCGAAUGGAGCGAACGGCUCCACGACUCCUCCGCGACGGUCGAAUCCUUACCAACCCAAUCCGGGCGAAUUCCUGUCCAAUGUCGGCAGAUUCAAGAUCAUCGAAUCAACUCUCCGCGAGGGAGAACAGUUCGCCAAUGCCUACUUCGACACGCCAACCAAGAUCAACAUUGCUAAGGCCCUCGACGCCUUUGGUGUUGACUAUAUCGAACUCACAUCUCCCGCCGCUUCUGAGCAGUCGCGCUUGGAUUGUAUUGAGAUCUCUUGCGAUAUCGAAACCCACUUUCACAAUGACACAGGGUGUGCUAUUGCCAACGCCUUCUGCGCCCUCGAAGCUGGCGCGACACACGUCGACACUAGCGUGCUCGGGAUUGGUGAGCGUAACGGGAUCACCCCCUUGGGUGGCUUCCUAGCACGCGUGGUAGUCACCAGCCCAGACUACGUGAAGAGCAAGUACAGGCUUGACAUGAUUAAGGAGAUCGAAGAUAUGGUGGCUGAGGCAGUAGAGAUUAACACCCCCUUCAACAACCCCAUCACCGGUUUCUGUGCCUUUACUCACAAGGCGGGAAUUCAUGCCAAGGCGAUCCUAAACAACCCUUCCACGUACGAGAUCCUGAACCCGGAAGACUUCGGCCUGACGCGAUACGUACACUUUGCCUCCCGGUUAACGGGUUGGAAUGCCGUCAAGACUCGAGUGACGCAACUCGGCUUGAAGAUGACAGACGAACAGGUCAAGCAAGUCACGGCUAGGAUUAAGGCUUUGGCAUCGGUACGACCGAUCGCCAUUGACGACGCCGACUCCAUCAUUCGUAGUUUCCACCUAAAUCUACACACCAUUACCAGCUGAGGAGUUCCGACAGUAGGCCGAGCAGAAUGUGUUACUUUUUCAACGAGGAGUUGCUUUCAAAAGGCGAAAGGGGCACGGAAGAUGAAAAAAAAAAGUUGUCAUAGUAUGC